AUGGAUCAGAUCUACGGAUCACUUCACCAAAACGGCAAAACAGCGAUGUCAUUGUGCGGCGGAGUAGAGAAGCCGAAAGUCACGGUGGCAGCAGAUCCGUUGAAUUGGGAUGCUGCGGCGGAGCAGAUGAAAGGGAGUCAUUUAGAUGAGGUGAAGAGGAUGGUUGAGGAGUACCGUAGACCGGUGAUUAAUCUCGGCGGAGAGACACUGACCAUCGGACAAGUCGCGGCGAUCUCCAAAACGGCGCCACAUUGCAAACCGAACUCAUCACGUAAUUAAUUAAAAUUUUAAGAUUGCGAGUACGGUUGUCGGAGGAUUGUCAAACCGGUGUUGUCUCAGAAGCUGGAAGUGGAAGCUAGAACGCGGAGAGGAAGCUGCGGAGACGGCAGUGGCUGUGGAUGAUGAGAGUGGAUCGAAUUUUGUUGGAGUGCUACAUCCCCCGAUCGUCCUCCGUUUGAGUUCCCUUCCCUAAUCUAAGUUAAAUCGAUUUGGAUCUUGGGCUUCCUCGCACGUUCUAAGAACAUGUGUGAAUAUGUUUCAGAUUUUUCUGUGUUUGAAGGUUAUUCAGAUAAUCUUAGAACUUUAUGCAUAUUCGAUUAAAUAUAUCUUGAUAUAUACCCGGUUUUAGAACAAAAUAAUCUGUUACACAUAUCUUGAUGCAUGUUAUCACAUGUUAUAUCCUGAUUUAAUUUAUAUUGUGG